UUAUCGUAUUUGCAAUGGAUAGGAUAUAUAUAUUAUAUAGAUAAAAAACAAUUCGACGAAGUAGGUGUAACAAAUGUACACGCGAGUCGCAUGUAAAACGGUAUAAAUACCCGAGUGGCGCUUUUAAGUUUUUCAUACCUAAAACCAAUCACGAUGUUUCGCUUCAUAAUUACGGUCACUUUGGCCAUUGCUGCUGCCUCUGCCGCUACUGUCGAUGGAGCCGGGCACGUGAAAAAGUCGUCCCUCUUCCCGCACGGGCGCAUUGUCGGGGGCGAGAACGCAAAAAUCGAGACCUUCCCGCACCAAGUGUCCCUCCAACGCUACGGCUCGCACGUCUGCGGCGGCUCUAUCGUCUCGGCCAGCCACGUCCUUACGGCGGGCCACUGCGUGGGCAUGUCCCCCAAGCAGCUGACGGUGCGCGCGGGCACGUCCGAGUGGGGCACGGGUGGCAGCCUGCACAAGGUCGCCGAGAUCUUGAGGCACGACAACUACGGGAUCAACAGCAACGGGGUACCCCAGAACGACGUCGCCGUCCUACGGCUCGUCGAACCCUUCGUCCUCGACGACACGCGCCAGCCCAUCGAACUGUUCAACACGAGCGAGGAGGCACCCCCGGGAGUCAAGGCGGUAAUCACCGGCUGGGGCAGCACGGGCAAGGGUAUGCCUAUACAGCUACAGGCGGUCUCGAUACCGAUCGUGAGCAAGGACAUCUGCAACGACGCGUACAAGAGCUUCGGGGGCCUACCAGAGGGCCAGAUAUGCGCCUCUUACUACGGCUCCGGUGGCAAGGACUCUUGCCAGGGUGACUCGGGCGGUCCGCUCACCAUAGAGGGUCGGCUCGCCGGCAUCGUCUCUUGGGGCAACGGGUGCGCGGCUGCCUACUAUCCCGGCGUGUACACGGAGGUCUCCCACUACAGACGCUGGAUCGAAAAUCACACUCUGAGUUCUCGUGACUCGUUGUUCCUUUGA